GUUCCAGAUAUCAUGCCAUUUAACUGCCAGUGGAUUCUCUCCGUGUUGAACAAGGCCAUAUCAAAAACUGUGACAUCACUGGACUCGUAUGAGUUUUCUGAUGCUGCUACUGCAGUAUAUUUAUGGUGGCAGUUCCAGUUGUGUGAUGUGUUUAUUGAAGCUGUCAAGCCCUACUUUGCCAGUGAUGCUCAAGCAUUUGCUUUUGAAAGGAGUUAUGCACAAGACACCUUGUCGUGCUGGACAAAUGAGAAAGUAGAGUAUGAGAUGGAUAUGAUUGAGUCAGCCGUGAAAUCACUCAGGUCACUCAGGGCGUUGAUGCCUGCAAAAGAAAGGCAUGAAAGGUAAAUGUUUAAAUGAUAUGUUUUUUUGUUUUUCAUUUUAUUGUAAUAGAAUUUUUAUUUUUGGGUUAUUUAUUUAUUUUUUUUCAUUCAUGAAAAGCAUCUAAGCUUUAGUUGUUUAUUCUUUUUUUAUUCCUCA